GUCAGCGCCACGUCAGGAGCUGUCCGAGGCCCCGGUGCUGAACCAAGAUGGCCGGCGGCGGAGGCCGGGCCCCGGCGUGAGCCGAGCGCGGGCGACAGCCCCGGCCAUGCCCCAGCCCAGUGGCAGCUGAGCCCGACCUGACGGAGCCGGCCCGCCGGCGACCCCGGAGACAUGUCUCUACUUUGCGUUGGAGUCAAAAAAGCCAAGUUUGACGGUGCCCAAGAGAAAUUCAACACCUACGUGACCCUGAAGGUGCAGAAUGUCAAGAGCACAACCAUCGCUGUGCGGGGUAGCCAGCCCAGCUGGGAGCAGGAUUUCAUGUUUGAGAUUAACCGCCUGGAUUUGGGGCUGACAGUGGAGGUGUGGAACAAGGGCCUUAUCUGGGACACGAUGGUGGGCACCGUGUGGAUCCCCCUGCGGACCAUCCGCCAGUCCAAUGAAGAGGGCCCUGGAGAGUGGCUGACCCUGGACUCCCAGGUUAUCAUGGCGGACAGUGAAAUCUGCGGCACUAAGGACCCCACCUUCCACCGCAUCCUUCUCGACACCCGCUUCGAGCUGCCCUUAGACAUUCCUGAAGAGGAGGCCCGCUACUGGGCCAAGAAGCUGGAGCAGCUGAACGCCAUGCGGGACCAGGAUGAGUAUUCAUUCCAAGAUGAACAAGACAAGCCUCUCCCUGUCCCCAGCAACCAGUGUUGCAACUGGAAUUAUUUUGGCUGGGGUGAGCAGCAGAAUGACGACCCUGACAGUGCGGUGGACGAUCGUGACAGUGAUUACCGCAGCGAGACAAGUAACAGCAUACCGCCACCCUAUUAUACUACGUCCCAGCCCAAUGCUUCGGUCCAUCAGUAUUCUGUCCGUCCACCACCCCUGGGUUCCCGGGAAUCCUACAGUGACUCUAUGCACAGUUAUGAGGAGUUCUCCGAGCCGCGGGCCCUGAGCCCAACGGGCAGCAGCCGCUAUGCGUCGUCGGGGGAGCUGAGCCAGGGAAGCUCGCAGCUGAGUGAGGACUUCGACCCCGACGAGCAGAGUCUGCAGGGCUCCGAGAUGGAGGAUGAGAGGGACCGGGACUCCUACCACUCCUGCCACAGCUCGGUCAGCUACCGCAAGGACUCCCCACGCUGGGACCAGGACGAGGACGAGCUGGAUGAGGAGCUGGAUGAGGAGCUGGAUGAAGACCUGGAGGACUUCCUGGAGGAGGAGGAGGAGGAGCUGCCUGAGGAUGAGGAGGAGCUGGAGGAAGAGGAGGAGGUGCCGGAUGACAUCCGCGGCUAUGCCGAGCGUCACGAGGCAGUUGUGGCUGAGCCCAAAGACUUCAAGCGCAUCAGUCUCCCUCCAGCCGCCCCCGAGAAGGAGGACAAGGCCCCGGCCAUGCCUACUGAGGCCCCCGACGUGGCCAAAGCAGCCCCCAAGACACCCACACCCGAGGAAGUGCCUGCAGCUGAGCGGGCAUCCGAGGCUGAGCCCCCGAAGGCUGAGGAGAGUUUCAGGCUGCAAAAUGAGGAAGGCCAGGAGGGCCAGGACUCCAUGUCCAGGGCUAAGGCCAACUGGCUUCGAGCCUUCAACAAAGUGAGGCUGCAGCUGCAGGAGGCCCGGGGAGAAGGAGAGAUGUCCAAAUCCCUGUGGUUCAAAGGCGGCCCGGGCGGUGGUCUCAUCAUCAUCGACAGCAUGCCUGACAUCCGAAAGAGGAAGCCCAUCCCCCUCGUGAGUGACCUGGCCAUGUCCCUGGUCCAGUCCAGAAAAGCGGGCAUCACCUCAGCCUUGGCCUCCAGCACUUUGAACAACGAGGAGUUGAAAAACCACGUUUACAAGAAGACCCUGCAAGCCUUAAUUUACCCCAUUUCGUGCACGACGCCGCACAACUUCGAGGUGUGGACGGCCACCACGCCCACCUACUGCUACGAGUGCGAGGGGCUCCUGUGGGGCAUCGCGCGGCAGGGGAUGCGUUGCACCGAGUGCGGCGUCAAGUGCCACGAGAAGUGCCAGGACCUGCUCAACGCUGACUGCCUGCAGCGAGCAGCGGAGAAGAGCUCCAAGCACGGGGCAGAGGACCGGACCCAGAAUAUUAUCAUGGUGCUCAAGGACCGCAUGAAGAUCCGGGAGCGCAACAAACCCGAGAUCUUUGAGCUCAUCCAGGAGAUCUUCGCCGUGACCAAGGCAGCGCACACGCAGCAGAUGAAGGCGGUCAAGCAGAGCGUGCUGGACGGCACGUCCAAGUGGUCCGCCAAGAUCAGCAUCACUGUGGUCUGUGCCCAGGGCUUGCAGGCAAAGGACAAAACGGGAUCCAGUGACCCCUACGUCACUGUCCAGGUCGGGAAGACCAAGAAACGGACGAAAACCAUCUAUGGGAACCUGAACCCCGUGUGGGAGGAGAAUUUCCACUUCGAAUGUCACAACUCCUCAGACCGAAUCAAGGUGCGUGUUUGGGAUGAAGAUGAUGAUAUCAAAUCACGUGUGAAGCAGCGGUUCAAGAGGGAGUCCGAUGACUUCCUGGGGCAGACAAUCAUCGAGGUGCGGACGCUCAGCGGCGAGAUGGACGUGUGGUACAACCUGGACAAGCGGACUGACAAAUCCGCUGUGUCAGGUGCCAUCCGGCUACACAUCAGUGUGGAGAUCAAAGGCGAGGAGAAAGUGGCGCCCUACCAUGUCCAGUAUACCUGUCUGCACGAGAACCUGUUCCACUUUGUGACUGACGUGCAGAACAAUGGGGUGGUGAAGAUCCCAGACGCCAAGGGUGACGAUGCCUGGAAGGUUUACUAUGACGAGACGGCCCAGGAGAUUGUGGACGAAUUCGCCAUGCGCUACGGUGUUGAGUCCAUCUACCAAGCCAUGACCCACUUUGCCUGCCUCUCCUCCAAGUACAUGUGUCCUGGGGUACCUGCCGUCAUGAGCACCCUGCUUGCCAACAUCAAUGCCUAUUACGCACAUACCACGGCCUCCACCAACGUGUCUGCCUCCGACCGCUUCGCAGCCUCCAACUUUGGGAAAGAGCGCUUUGUGAAGCUCCUGGAUCAACUGCAUAACUCCCUGCGGAUUGACCUCUCCAUGUAUCGGAAUAACUUCCCAGCCAGCAGCCCGGAGAGACUCCAGGACCUCAAAUCCACUGUGGACCUUCUCACCAGCAUCACAUUCUUUCGGAUGAAGGUGCAAGAACUCCAGAGCCCGCCCCGAGCCAGCCAGGUAGUGAAGGAUUGUGUCAAAGCCUGCCUCAACUCUACUUAUGAGUAUAUCUUCAACAACUGUCAUGAACUCUACAGUCGGGAAUACCAGACAGACCCGGCCAAGAAAGGGGAAGUUCCCCCAGAGGAACAGGGCCCCAGCAUCAAGAACCUCGACUUCUGGUCCAAGCUGAUCACUCUCAUAGUGUCCAUCAUCGAGGAAGAUAAGAAUUCCUAUACUCCAUGCCUCAACCAGUUUCCCCAGGAGCUGAAUGUGGGUAAAAUCAGCGCUGAAGUAAUGUGGAACCUGUUUGCCCAGGACAUGAAGUAUGCCAUGGAGGAGCACGACAAGCAUCGUUUGUGCAAGAGUGCCGACUACAUGAACCUCCACUUCAAGGUCAAGUGGCUCUACAAUGAGUAUGUGGCAGAGCUUCCUGCUUUCAAGGACCGAGUGCCUGAGUACCCUGCGUGGUUUGAGCCCUUCGUCAUCCAGUGGCUGGACGAGAAUGAGGAGGUGUCCCGGGAUUUCUUGCACGGAGCCCUGGAGAGAGACAAGAAGGAUGGGUUCCAGCAGACCUCAGAGCACGCCCUGUUCUCCUGCUCCGUGGUGGACGUCUUCUCCCAGCUCAACCAGAGCUUUGAGAUCAUCAAGAAACUGGAGUGCCCUGACCCCCAGAUCGUGGGGCACUACAUGAGGCGCUUUGCCAAGACCAUCAGUAAUGUGCUCCUCCAGUAUGCGGACAUCAUCUCCAAGGACUUCGCCUCCUACUGCUCCAAGGAGAAGGAGAAACCCUGCAUCCUCAUGAACAAUACUCAGCAGCUGCGAGUUCAGCUAGAGAAGAUGUUCGAAGCCAUGGGAGGGAAGGAGCUGGAUGCUGAGGCCAGUGACAUCUUAAAGGAGCUCCAGGUGAAACUCAACAAUGUCUUGGAUGAGCUCAGCCGGGUGUUUGCUACCAGCUUCCAGCCGCACAUCGAGGAGUGUGUCAAACAGAUGGGAGACAUCCUUAGCCAGGUGAAGGGCACGGGCAAUGUGCCAGCCAGUGCCUGCAGCAGCGUGGCCCAGGAUGCCGACAAUGUGCUGCAGCCCAUCAUGGACCUGCUGGACAGCAACCUGACGCUCUUUGCCAAAAUCUGCGAGAAGACCGUGCUGAAGCGGGUGCUGAAGGAGCUGUGGAAGCUGGUCAUGAACACUAUGGAGAAGACCAUCGUGCUGCCACCCCUCACUGACCAGACGAUGAUCGGCACCCUCUUGAGAAAACAUGGCAAGGGAUUAGAAAAGGGCAGGGCGAAACUGCCAAGCCACUCAGAUGGAACCCAGAUGAUCUUCAAUGCGGCCAAAGAGCUGGGUCAGCUGUCUAAACUCAAGGACCACAUGGUACGAGAGGAAGCCAAGAGCUUGACCCCGAAGCAGUGUGCAGUCGUUGAACUUGCCUUGGACACCAUUAAGCAAUACUUCCAUGCGGGCGGUGUGGGCCUCAAGAAGACCUUCUUGGAGAAGAGCCCGGACCUGCAGUCCCUGCGCUAUGCCCUAUCCCUCUAUACGCAGGCCACCGACCUGCUCAUCAAGACCUUCGUGCAGACCCAGGGGGCCCAGGUCCAUGGUGGAAAAGGGACUAGGUUUACCCUUAGUGAAGACAUUUAUCCUGAGAAGGGCUCUGGUGUGGAAGACCCUGUGGGUGAAGUCUCUGUCCACGUUGAGCUCUUCACUCAUCCAGGAACUGGGGAACACAAGGUCACAGUGAAAGUGGUGGCUGCCAAUGACCUCAAGUGGCAGACUUCUGGCAUUUUCCGGCCAUUCAUUGAGGUAAACAUCAUUGGGCCCCAUCUCAGCGACAAGAAACGCAAGUUUGCGACCAAAUCCAAGAACAACAGCUGGGCCCCCAAGUACAAUGAGAGCUUCCAGUUCACGCUGAGCGCUGACGCGGGCCCCGAGUGCUAUGAGCUGCAGGUGUGCGUCAAGGACUACUGCUUCGCGCGCGAGGACCGCACGGUGGGGCUGGCUGUGCUGCAGCUGCGCGAACUGGCCCAGCGCGGGAGUGCCGCCUGUUGGCUGCCCCUCGGCCGCCGCAUCCACAUGGACGACACAGGCCUCACGGUGCUGCGCAUCCUGUCGCAGCGCAGCAAUGACGAAGUGGCCAAGGAGUUCGUGAAGCUCAAAUCGGACACGCGCUCCGCCGAAGAGGGCGGUGCCGCGCCUGCGCCCUAGUGCGGGGCGCGCGGGCGGGCAGCGCUGCGCCGACGUAGAGCGCGCGGGGCGAGGCGGGGCGGCGCCUGCGCGCUGGGACCUUCCAGAGGGUGAGUCUCCGGGCUCUACACUAAGGACCAUCUGCGCCUUCGCCCGUGACUUACCUUUCUUCUCUGGGGAAUUGUGAAUGGACGACGCACCGCCCCCUCGGGAGGCCACGCCCUAGGGCGAGAGACGGGGAGGAGCCACAUCCCCUCCUUGAGGCAACACCCGCAGCGCCUAGGGGACCGUUCGAGCUAGGAUGGUAGAAACCCCACCCGUUAUGGUGGGGGCCAGGUCCUGUGCCUCUUGUUCCGGGAGGCCCCACCUCCUGUCCCCUGGAAAAGCCAUAAGACGGGUCUCCAACCCCUGGGGCCCAAGACCCAUUCCCAACUAUGGAACUCCCAGCUCCCUGAGGAGCGGGCGGGCCCUAGGCAAGGGGCAGGGCUUCCUGGAGCGACCCCUGAGAUGGUCUAGGGGUUGGAGGGACUAGGAUGGUAGUUGGAGGGCCCCGGGUGGACCGGAGUCCAUUUUGAUGUUUGUGCAAAAAAUAAACGGGGAGAGGAGGGGAGGAUGGGAUUUCAAAAGCACAUGCGCCCUUGGGCGCCCAAACCCUGGGAGCCGAGGGAACGGCUCUGGGGCACCCGCAUUUCCCUAAGGGUUUUUUUUCUCCUCUUUACUCCCCACAUGCUCAGUCCUCAUAGAGUUCAACCCACCCAUUUGACAGAUGGCAAAACAGGCCCAGAGAGUUGUUGAGGGUCCCAGUGCCAUGCCCUCUCCCCACUCCCUUUCGCCUGUAUGCCCCAUCCAAGGGUGGGCUGAAAUCUGAUGACCUGAAACAGCUCCCCAUUGCUGCUAACCGCCUUCAGGGGACCUUCCCCAACCCUUAUAAGGGAUGGGGGUCCUGGGACAAGGCCCCCACUGACCCCUCCCACCUCAGGCUGCCAAGAAAAGCCCUUUCCUCUGGGACCCCAGGGGGAGAUACCCUGAAAACUCUUGACUUGCCAAAAGAGGAUUUGGAGUUCCCUGGACCCAGGUCCCCUCAACACCUUCUCCCAGAAUUCUCCAGGCAGGAAAGAAGAAAGAGACCAGAAAUGCUAGGGGUGUGUGUGUAUGUAUGUGUGUAGGGUUCCCCAGCACUGGCCCAGGUGUGUGUUCUGGAAAUUUCCUCCCUCUUAUUUUCCCAGAGAACUCCUACUCAUCCCUCAAAACUCACCACAAAUAUCCCAUCCUGUAGAAAAUCCUCACCCCCCCUCAGGACCUCCCCACCCUCUGUCCCUGAAGCCGUGGAACUGGGGGUGUCUGUCAUAGGCUUUGUUUUCCCCAGACUUGGGUCUGAGUUCUCUCGAGCCUCAGGUUCACCAGCAAAGGCUGGGCGCAAGUUGAUGGCAAAGGGUAUGCCUCGUUGAAUUAUGUCUCUGGCAUCUGUGCAUGCCCAGGUAGCCACAUCUGUGUCUGUCCAUGACUGUCCCUGUCCACUUUCCCCUCCCACACAGAGCUGGGCACACAGGAGAUAUUCAAGCUAGAAUAUCUCAGCUAAAGGCUGAGUCACAGGACACAGAGUGAAGAGAGGACGAGGAGACUUGGAGGAUACAGGAGAGGAAUCCAGGUGGUUGGAAGGGUUUGAAAUCAGGAAGUUCCUAUAUUGGAACAACAAGCCUCAGAGAGAAGCAAGGCUUUCCCCAAGGGCACCCAGCAAGUGGACACAGUGCCCAACCUUGGGUCACAUCUCUGGGUGCCUGGGGUUCUAAGCCCUGGUGGGGUCUCAGGGUUGCCUUGGACUUCACUUCAUGCCAGUAUCUGGCCCCAGAUUUCCAUGGAUCAGGAAAAGGAUGAAGUAAGGUGACCCCUGAUGAGGUAGAGGGGUGUGACAUUGAGGGGUAUCUUGGGCAGAGCCAAUCCCCUCCCCAAGAGGGACAAAGACAGAAUACGGGCAAGAGACAAGGGGGAAGAAGGUUAGAAAUUGGGAGAAUGAGAUCACACCCCAUUAGACAAGAGAGAGUCCUUCAGAUGGAGAGACUCAGAGAUGGGACAAAAAGCUAAAUUGAAGACGUGGAAGGAAGAGAGACUCACUGUUCUGGCUCUCACCAGUCCAACCUAGAAGGAUUUCCCUAAAAUGAGGUAGGCGGCCACACCCACCCAAACCCUCUGACUUCGGCGCCAGUCUGAAACCUCACCGUGCCCCCAUCAGAGAUGCAAAAAACUUAACACCUAACUAGAAAUCCUUGGGACCUCAGAGACCUUCCUGUCCCUGAUCCCGCACCCCCUGCACUGUCCACCUUGCAGAUGGGGACACUGAGGGGCAGGGCAGAGCAGGGACAGCCCGGAGUCUCCCCAAACUCUGCUCCCUGGGUGCAGAGGGAGGGGAGCUCGCUGGGGACUUGGUUCAUAUCGCCACUUCAUCUGUCCCCUGAACAUCCUUUCUUAAGAACUGUCAAGGACCAAAGUCGUCUUCGCUGACACGUGUUGCUUUUCUCUUUGCCUUUUAUUUUUUUAAAGAGAGAAAUCAAGUUGACGGUGUCGAGUAAGACCCCCCACCCCAUCCCCCUGCCACCAUCCAGCCAUAGUGGCUUUUUCGAGGCACAGGUCACAAGCGGAGAGUUACCUGUGCAUCUCCAGCCAAACAGCCAGGGGGCUCAGGCCCCACCCCGGCCCACGCCCCCUCAGACACCAAUCCCCGCCACACAGUCCAGAGAGGUUCUUCCUCCACACACUUUCUCUUAGCAUGUGAUUGCAAAUGUGAAAUCAACACACUUUUAAUUCCAUCCCAUCGGUCCAGCAUCUCCACAGAUGCCCCCAUUUCUCUGUAAAUAUGUGACUUGGAACAAAUGUUUAAAACUAACAAGAAGUGGUCAUGAAUGCAUGGUGUUGAGAUGUUUUGCACUAUUCUGACUUUUUGGUCUCUGUAAAAAUAUUUUAUUAACAGCAGACAUUAAAAUAAGAAAAAGCACAUGGUCUCAGAUGCAUGGUGGUGGCCUUGCAUUCCCAUUAACGCAAAAACUCACACAGCAUCUUGAUGUGCAGACACUGUUGAACACACUUCUCGUCCAUGAACCAACUCAUCCACAACUAGCAUUGCCCCAUUUCACAGAGCAGGAAAACUGAGUCCCAAAGAGGUGAGGUUUUGUAGAAAGGAUGGAGUCAGAAUUUGAAUCCAGGACAUCGGGCAGCUGUUACUUUUAGCUCAAGCAAGUUAGAACACAAAUGCCAGGGACACACUCCCCAAAUUCAACCCACAGCCCCAUGUUUUCUGGGAUUGUUUUGGUUUUGUUUUGCUAUAACAGGUGAGAAUUUUAUGUCAUAAACUCGGAGAUGCAAAGAUGAAAACUUCCUUUUUCUACAGCGGAAUUUAAUUUCUGUUUUGGGCCCCCAUCACACCAGAGGGCAGAAACGGAGUAUCACUCAGCUCAGAGUUUGCUCAGUAAAUUCAGGGACUCCCCUCCUAAGAUCUGGGGCCGUGUCUGCAUUUAAGUGGCCAGAGCUGGGGCCAUGGGAUCUACUGGGAGUGGGUUCAAUGAAUGCUUUCAGCUGCAAAUAAAAGCCCAAAGGGCUAAGAGUGAAACAAACAGGGGCUAAGCCACAGAGCUUACCAAUAACAGCAAUUCCACCCUCAAGACUUGCAUGCGGGCAAAAAGACUGGAAGCCUCAAUGUCCUGGUACUUUCACACGGGAAUAUGAUACAGCUGGGAAAAGGGAUGAACCCCAGCUAUGGGCAUGAUAUCAGAAGAGGCAGCCUGCCAGAG